CUCCUGUAAUGAAGUAUUAUGAUUAUUACCAUUUUCCACCGAAGAAAUAUCCAUCAGAGAAAAGAAAUAUCCAUGGUGUUAUUUCAAAUUUUCUAUUUCAGAAAUAUAUAAUGGAAAAUGUUUAUGAGAUAAAUACAAACAAUUUUCCAAGCAAAUUUUAUCUCAUCCAAAAAUUAAUUUUUUGGCAAUCUAAUAAGAUUUGAAAUGUGCAUAUUUCUGAAUAAUUACUUUAGCUGCAUUGCGCAAUUUAUUGCGCCGACGUGUUUGAUGUGCUGGACCAAUCACACUUGCCCACGAAUUACCCUCGUUGCUGUCGUGUUGUGUCAUAAUUGACAAUUUUGGAAAUAUGUAUUUUUAACACUCCAGAAAGAUCUUUAUUUUAUGGUAAAUGAAAUGUGUAGCAGUAAAUGAUAUCUAGAAGAAUUAACCAGGAACAUGUUGGAUUUUGUAAAUAAUAGCGGCAUGGAAGUAUACUCUAGUUUAUGGCUUAAAUAUUCGCCUUUUUUAGCACUGAUCUUAUUGAAAAUUUUUGUGAAUGUUUCAGAAUGUGCAAGUCAAGCUGAAAUCAACAGACAUUUAGAACUAGGCAAAGAAUACUUAGCAAGAGGUCAACUAUCAGAUGCUCUGAUUCAUUAUCAUUCAGCUGUUGAUGGAGAUCCCAACAACUACCUAACUUAUUUUAAACGAGGUACAGUCUAUUUAGCAUUAGGCAAGGCCAAAAAUGCACUCAAUGACUUGGACAAAGUCUUAGAUUUGAAUCCAGAUUUUACCCCUGCUAAAAUGAAUAGGGGUUUGAUACAUUUAAAACAAGCCAAUUAUGAUCAGGCACAAUUAGAUUUUUAUAAUGUGUUGAGGACUGAUCCUUAUAAUGCAGAAGCAAAUGAGUACAUUCAGAGGAUAGAACCAGCGAAGGAACGUAAAAGAGCUGCUGAGUAUUAUUAUGGCCAUGAUGAUUAUCCUAAUGCCAUACAGUUAGUCACGGAAGCUUUGGAGACUAGUCCAUGGGCAUCAUCAUUGUAUGAACUAAGGGCAGAAAUGCAAUUAGCCAAUAAUGAUUUUAUGGCAGCAAUUUCAGACAUAAAAACAACAACCAAAUUACAAAGUGACAAUACAGAAGGCUAUUUAAAAUUAUCCAAACUUUUAUACAAGGUUGGACAAGCAACUGAUUCCUUGAAAAACAUAAGGGAGUGUUUAAAGUUGGAUCCAGAUCACAAGGAAUGUUUUCCAUUUUAUAAAAAAGUAAAAAAAAUUGAAAAAUUCAUCACAGAGGCUCAGUCUGCUCUAGAGAAUAAAGAAUAUCCAGAUUGCAUUUCUAAUGCUGAAAAAGUAUUAAAGAAUGAGAAAGAAAUCCCAAAUAUAAUGUUUGAAGGUAAAAAACUACUGUGUACCUGUUAUACUGAGAGUGAACAAUCUGAUGAGGCCAUUCAGAUUUGUAAAGAAGCCUUAGAACUCGUAGAAGAUGUAGAUAUUUAUUUCAGUAGAGCAGAAGCAUACCUCCAAACUGAAAUGUAUGAUGAUGCUCUGCGGGAUUAUAGACGAAUAUUAGAAAUUGAUCCCCAUAAUGAAAGGGCGAAGGAAGGUCUCCGAAAGGCAGAGCAGAGACAAAAACAAUCAGAAAAAAGGGAUUAUUACAAAAUUCUGGGUGUCAAACGUUCUGCUACUAAGAAAGAAAUUGUCAAAGCUUAUAGGAAAAUGGCUCAAAAGUGGCACCCAGAUAACUAUACGCUUGAUGAGAAAAUGAAGAAAAUUGCUGAAAAGAAGUUUGUUGAUAUUGCAGCUGCAAAGGAGGUACUCACAGAUGAGGAAAAGAGAAGACAGUUCGAUAUGGGAGAAGAUCCUUUAGAUCCAGAGUCAGGAAAAGGUGGAAUGCCAAAUUUCCAUUUCCAACAUUUCCACGGUAGUCCUUUCCAAUUCAAAUUCCACUUUGAUUAAGCGUAAAUUUUUCCAUUUUAUCACAAUUUUUUUUGUUGUGAAAGUGCUAGUGAGAAGUGACUGAUACUAACUGAAAUCAAUUGAUAAAUUCUAGUGACUUUUUGUUGAUUUAUUUAUGUUAUUAGCUCUUGAUUUUUUUUUCUUGAAUAAAAUCGUAUAUUUAUGAAGAAAUCAUGUUUUGAAAAAUUUCUGUAUAAAAAUGUACAUACAUUUAUUUCAGGCCAUAUUAUGAAUGAAUUUUUAUUGCACAAUAAAACGUGAUUACAUGUUAUGUA